AUGGAAGACGAACGAAAGAGGAACGAGGUCAAGACCCUACUGGAUGCCAUCAAGUCCUCAGAAGUGACUUCUCUCCCUGAUGUUUUGCUCUCUAUGCAUCAUGAUUCCUUCUGUUUGGGUUGCGUUAACUGUUCUCUCAAGAAAUGAGCGAUGUGAUGGCUGGUUUUCAGGUUUUUUAAGUGCUAGCUGAAGCAGUUCAAAUCCGUGUUUUUCUUCAAUGAAGUCUCUUACUAUAGCUUUGGUCCUCUCUUCCGUUGUCCUAGUUGAUGAAAUGAUGUUUCAGCUUUAGUUACCUGCUUAUUGUACGUAUUGGGCAUGUACUGUUACUGUUCGGAGUUGAAUCAGCAAUUACAGCCACAACAUUCGGUACAAUUUGACUCUUUUUUUCGAUCUUCCACGUAUUUUUUUAUGCCAGGAGCGCAACCUUGGUAGUGAUUGCCAUGUAAUGUAGAUGCUUGCCUUCAUCCCUGGGGUUUCGUCUUCCAGUUUUUGGCCGAGUAGUAAUCCUUCCUCAGAGUCAAUGGCUUGAGAUAAUUGGGUUGACAGGAUCGUAUGAAAUUCGCCUCAUAAACACUUCAAUGUGUCCUUGCAAUUCCGAUUCCGUUGCUCACUUAUCGUGUACGUCUUAAUAACUUUUAUGGCAUUUGGUAUUUGACGGUGAAUAUUCGUGUUACCUUCCUUCUUUAUCUCGUUCUUGCAGGUCUGGGAGGCUCGUAUCUCACUUGUGAACCAACUUGAAGAUUUGCGUAAUUCUGACGCAUCUAACUUGGUUCUUAUAAUCGAAUGCCUUCCAGUAUCCUCUAAAUUAUUCCCUUUACUGCUGCACUACGGAAUGAGCGUACGUUUGAGUGAUUUUUGAUAUGCGCCUUAAAUGAACCUAACUUUUUUUUGUCAUUCCUUUAUGUUUCGUUCAUUCUCUUGGCACUUGUGCUUAUGUGCCUUAUGAGAUAGCACCUUGAUUGUUCGUCCAGUGGAAUUGUACGAACGUAUGGAUUUUAGGUUACAUGGAAGUUUCCAGGCAUGGGAGGUCUAAAAAGACCGCAUUUGAGGACACAAGUUCUCACUAGUAUUUCAUAUCCAUAUUUUUCACUAUUAGUGCUUGCAUGGAGAACACUGAGACUUCUUUCAGAUCCGAUGAGGUAUGAAAUGAUCUUGUCUAAAUAAAUAAGAUCUAGAACUGGAACGAUUAAAAUUGUCCAUGGAUGGAGUGCCUAUCAUAUGUCUGAGGCAGUCACUCAACUUGAACAAAGUUACUUUGUUCCGCGUAUUCAGUUCACCUGUUAGUCCUAAAUGUAAAUGGGGGGUAAUCGCGUCAGCAUCCUCUCCUGCUUUCAACUAAUAGAGAGAAUGUUGUAACAAGCAACCUCCUCAAGGUAAACUGAGCUACAAGGCCAUGGAUGUUUGUUGUCAUUAUUUGGUGGAUUGACGUGGCCUUGGGUCUAUGAGGAUAUCCAUCUGCUAAUUUUCCUUCCAUAUUACAUUCUGUUGUUACCAUUUGGCUACCUUGAUAAGAUUUUGGACACUUUGGGAGGAUUCCAUAUGUUUGGGAAUUUCACAUUGUACGUUGAACAGAAAAAUAUUGAGUGUUGCUUCAAAAUGCUUGGAGAUAAAUACAUCUACUUGCCUAAGCCAUUUCCUCAUUCUUGGAACAAAGGUACUCGUAUGUUUCAAAGUUAAAUAUUUAACGAAUAAUACCUGUCAAUUGUAUCAUUCGUCCCUUUUUCUGCGAUUAUGUCAUAGAUGAUUGCUUAUGUUUUAGGCAAGCAUGUGGUGCAGGAAGCAUCUGCAAGUAACAUUAGUGUCAGAUGAGCAGACUCUGGAAGAAGAGCAUUUCAUAACUCUUUUGCAGGUAUGUAGCAAUAAUCUGGAAGAUAUAAUUAUAUAGCAUUAAUUGAAGACAAGUCCAUAGAAUUACAAGAGACAUCAGAUAAGAUGAAAAAAAAUUGGAAUAUGUCAGUCUGUGUAAGUAAUAUUUAUCGCCAGAAGCAUCCCAGAAAUUGCUGCAUGACUUCACUAUGCGUCAGUGUUUGAUUUUAUUUGGGUACAUAGCAUGAUAAUGAUGUAUCGGAUACUUUUAUGCCGCCCUUUGGGAAUAUCUCAGGGGCAUUUUGUUAUAGGCAAGGUGGUUUUUGUAGUAUUUUAGAUUAUUUCUGCGCUGAUCAUUUAUCCUUGUUAAUUGUCAACGUUGUGAAUCUUCAAGAUUGUCAACAUAACAUUCUUAACCCUCAUUCUUAAUUAGUAUCCACCUCCACGCACAUUCUGCCACUGAUAGAAAGCUUGUUCGGAGUCUUCUCUGUAAUCAAGCCUAAAUCUGGUUCAUUAAUUUCUUUCCAUUUAUAUGGCAUGGUCUGAUUUUCUCCUUUGUGUUGUUUUAUGAUUGCAGCAUAAGUUGGCGCUUUCUUUUUUCCCAGACUUAUUUUAUUUCAAUCUUCUACUUUGCAGUUACUGUUGGAUUCCCUUAGGUUCUCGUCUGCUACAAUUGUAGCCUUAACGAGACCUCCUUAUAUUGAAGAAAAGACCAGGAUGCUUAUGGUUGAGAAUUUUAUUUUGGAACAGUUGAACCUGACGAGGACCUCGAUUUCAGAGAUAAAGGUACCUUGCAACUGGUGACCAUUUAUGUGGAUUUAGGUGCCUGUUCUUUACCAUUUCCUUAUUCACGUUCUUCGUUACUGUCAAUUUCCCAGUCUUUGAAUCUUGAUUAUUUAGCACUGAAAACUACAAAGCAGUUUACUUCCAUAACGUGCUUGAAGCUUUUCUAUCGAACAGAAAUUUCAACACGUUUCUUCGGAAUUGGUCAAAGCGGUACAAGUCAUUUUGGAUGCUGCUGUUAAGCUCUGCAGAAGUUAUUUCGAAUCCAUAAACUUGGACGCCAGUGAGGUGACGGUCGAAGCGACGAAGAGCUUUGAGGACGACAUACCUAUGGAUUUUCCCUCUCACGUUGCUAAUGUGACUGCAUUCACGAUAGAAAAUCUACAUGAAUUGGGAAUCCUUGCAGCCGCGGGUGGGGGAAGCCUGGUGACAGUAUUAAACGUAUCAUGGAAAGGUGUCGUUUCUCUUCUGCAACUUGGCAAAAAGGUCUUGGCUGGCAAGGUGAAGAUAGGGAAUAUUAUUUUGACACUAGUUUCACUAGCCAGUGAGUCUCUGAGGCAUGCUGCAGAGGCAUGGUUUUCAUCCCACAAAGGCGAGCUUACUCUGCCUGAGGCUAAGAGAACAUUUCUUCCCAUUAAGUUUUACCUCAUCAAUGCCGUCCGGAUUUCGUCAGACCAUCCACAUGAGGCCAUGAAUGGUUCUGGGGAUAUAACUAAAUGCGUCUUGCUGAUAUCAUACUUCGGUGUUUUAUUUGCCAAAGAAGUUGAGAUGAGAGCCGCAAGUGAGGCAUUAGCAGAUCUUUUAGAGCCAACAUCUUUUCUUCUGCUUUAUGCCAUCUUAAGCUCAACUGACAUCUCGUCUGAGUCCAAAUCGCAGAUUUUGGACUGCUUGUUCACGGAUCAAAAUGAUUUUAGUUCUUUAUUCCCAGAAAAGAAUGGUUCUAUCAUGCAUCAACCCUCCUUUGAUGGAUCGCUAGCAGCAGAUCACGAUGAUCUCCCAAGAGCUGGAACACUAGCACUCGGCCGAGUCAUGCUUCUCCUGAAUCUUUUGAAGAGCUCUGCUUCCUUCAAAGAGGAAGUAACCUCCAUGAUCUCUAAGAAGCUUGGAUAUCUUCUGAACCUUUUAGUGACCGAGGAUGUCUACCCUUUUAUUCUCGUUUCGCACAUUCCUGUAUUAUAUGUGUAUGGAUCAAACAAGGGAAUAGCAUGGAAGCCCAUGCUUCAUUUCCUCUUACAUUCACUGAAAAUCUUCAUGAUCGCAGCGUCUUCUUCAAGCAUGGUUUCCAAAGAGGUGGAGGACUUCCUGCACCAAAAUCUCUUUCAUCCUCACUGUCUCUGCCUCGAGAUUGUUGUGGAGCUGUGGUGCUUCUUCAUGCGCCAUGCUGAGCCCGAGGUAUCGAAUCAGGUUUUCGACCACUGGAUCUCUCUUUUACAGGUGCUGGGAUCAUCAGAAGCAGCACUGGACCCGCUUUCUCCUCUUCGAAGGUUGGCAAGAUCCCUGUGCUCGGUCCUCACUCAUGCAGCACAACCCACUAUAGAUCAUGUCUACUCUUCUAUCUUUGAUGAUGGCAAAUCCUCUGUGUCCUCCACCAUUCGCAUCGCCGUGCUGACAGAGGGGUUCCCCCUGAAUUCCCUAUCUGGUAAUCUCAAGAGCCUUUCUGCUCAGAGCAUUCUUGGGAAUUUCCAAAGAUUCACUGCAGAUUAUGGAAAGUGUCUUGACCACGGGUCUUCUGCAACGUUAAGUUCUACGCUACUCGCCUUAUCAUGUGCCAUACGCUCUUCGUGAGUCCUUCCCCGAGUCCAUCUCUUCUUAAUUCGGUUCCCCAGCAAGCACACUUUGCUAACACUUUCCCCCAUUUUUCAGGCAGAUCGCCGACUGCGACAUCGCCGACGACUCGGCCAUCUCCCAGUUCUUAAGGCUCUCUCUUCGUCUGAUCCGCGAGUACAAGAAUGCAGACCGUGGGAGCCUCCUCGCUGCAGCAUUGGACCUCAUUUCAAGCAUGAAACAGUCAUAUUCACUUGAUGAGAUGAGAGACAUCGUCCGGGAGCUGCAGACCCUGUCCUCGACCCCUCUCCCCUAUCGGCUCAAGCCCCCCCUGGCCGCUUUCAUGGCGGACCUCUGCCACAUGGAGAUCACAGAGCGCGAAGAGGACCCGACAAGCGCGGCCGCGUGGGGCCUGUCCCAUAUGCUCCUCAGAGAACGGCACUGGGCAUUUCUUCAUCUGUCACUGGCCGGCUUCGGGUACUUCGCUGCGAGAACAUCCUGCACCCAGCUGUGGAGGUUCGUCCCCCACGACGCAGCUCUUUCGUAUGACACAGAUACAGGGAAUGAGCCCAGUGAGGAGAGAUUCAUGGCUCAGCUCAAGGCGUUUCUAGAGAGAGAGGCGACCCCCGUUGACCAGCUGGAUGAUCUCCGUAAAGAAGCCGCCUUGCUGAGGACCAUGGCGGAAGUCAACGAGAAGAGGAGCGAGAGGAAGAGGAAGAGGAGGAUUUCGGAGGAGAUUUCGAGUGGGAUCUCGAUGCUACAGAGAGGGUUGGAGCUUCUGAAGCGGGGGCUCUCCCGUGAUGACGGCGUGGGCUUCAAGGAGCACCUCUCUGGCCAGCUUUCUUCCCUUCAGGGCCUGAUACUCGGCCUCUCGGCCCUCUCCGAUUAA